UUCGCUUCUUUCUUACUUCUGAAGUUCUUCGCGACCUGCACCGCUCUGUAGCCUGUCUGUUGUCCGUUGGGCUUCGCCACCGACAAGUACAAGAUAAGAUGGCUAUGAUGAACAGUUUGAGGAAAGUUGGCCCUGCAGUGCAACGUUAUUUUACGCUAAUACAUCAAAAUGUCCUGAGCCUGAAUCAACAACGAUGGACUGCAUCCUUAGCGGAGACAAGGAAACUUUUAGACAAAGAGUUGCAAGGCAUCAGGGAAGCUGGUACUUUUAAGUCAGAGCGUGUAAUUACGUCGAGUCAGGGCCCUUCCAUUCUUGUUGAUGGAAGCCAAGGAGACAUCCUGAACUUCUGUGCCAACAAUUACCUGGGAUUGUCAAACCAUCCUGCUGUUGUUGAGGCUGGCAAGAAAGCUUUGGACAGCCACGGUGCAGGCCUCAGCUCUGUACGCUUCAUAUGUGGAACACAGGAUAUCCACAAAGACUUGGAAGAAAAAAUUGCCAAGUUCCAUGGAAAAGAGGAUGCUAUCUUGUACAUCAGCUGUUUUGAUGCCAACGCCGGGAUAUUUGAGGUGCUAAUGAGUCCAGAGGACGCCAUUAUCUCUGAUGAGCUCAAUCACGCCUCCAUCAUUGAUGGCAUCCGCCUGUCCAAAGCACAGAGGCUACGUUAUAAGCACAGGGAUCUGGCAGACUUGGAGUCCCAUCUGAUUGCGACAAAGGACUGCAGACAGAGGCUGAUUGUCACAGACGGGGUGUUCAGCAUGGAUGGCAAUGUGGCCCCGCUCACGGACAUCUGCGAUCUUGCAGACAAACAUAAUGCCAUGGUCUUCAUAGAUGAGUGCCACUCUACUGGAUUCUUUGGACCCACAGGAAGAGGUACGGAGGAGUACUUUGGUCUGGACGGCCGAGUGGACAUCAUCAACUCUACCCUUGGCAAAGCUCUGGGAGGCGCCGCUGGGGGCUACACCGCUGGUCCCAAACAGCUGGUGGACUUGUUGAGGCAAAGGUCAAGGCCAUACCUCUUCUCCAACACCUUGCCCCCUCCUGUUGUGGCCACUGCCAGCAAGGCCCUGGACCUUGUAAUGGAGAACACUGACCUUCCGAAGAAAGUUUUGACCAACACUACCAGGUUCAGAACCCGUAUGAACGACGCUGGGUUCACUCUCUCUGGAGAUCCAGAGCAUCCAAUCUGCCCGGUGAUGUUGGGUGACGCCCGGCUGGCCAGUCAAUUUGCUGACCAGAUGUUAGAACGUGGAAUCUACGUCAUAGGUUUCAGUUUCCCAGUGGUGCCCAAAGGCAAGGCUCGUAUCAGGGUGCAGAUCUCAGCGUCCCACACGGAGCAGGAUAUUGACCGUGCUGUUGACGCCUUCAUUGACAUCGGCAGGAAGCUCAAUGUCAUCAACUAGGUCCUUCUGGAUGAGGUCGUGUCUGAAAGCUCUUCUAGCGAUGUAUGGCUGAACAGAUAUUGAUAAUAAUAAUAAUUAUAAAUAGCAGUUGUAGAGUGCAAAUUCCUGCUCAACAACUAGCUCCAUGUGCUUUACAAUUUAUAUUGACUUGACAGACAUUUGAGAGAAUGGACUUUUUAUUGAAAGAAUUUUGUUUUCAUCUAAUGUUGAAAAUAGGAAUGCAGCCUGAUCCAUGAACACUCUCAUGUUUGCUAAAACUUUUUCGAAUAGACGACCACUAUCUGAGAUGUAAUCUGUCACCUCUUUACCUUGUUAUAUGCAUUUGGGUCUGAAUCCCUGAAGGAGAGGAUAUCUUUUUGAACAUCUCUUUUUCUCUGCUGGGAUGUGUGCUAUAUGCUUCAGGUUGGUCCUGAAGCUGCAUACUUCCAAAAUGAUUUAAAUUGUGUUGAUAGGGUUAUUAUGGAGUAGUACCAUUUAUUUUAUGUUGAUUUAAGUGUAAAAAAAAAUCAGAUAUCCAUUGCAUCAAAUGUCUGUCAAGUGUUUUGGAAGUUUAAUAUGUCAUUUUGAUCUCGUCUGUUAUGUUUGUUAGUACCGUUUGUGCCAUGUCAUAUAUUUAAAAGUUCAACUGAAGAAUCUCUGAGCUGUGAAUGCAACAACUUACAGGGCUAGCAGUGCCAUGUUAUUAGAUCAAAGCUGACAGCUGACAAUUCUUAUAACUGUUAGAUAUAUUUGUAAUGUUUUGAAGGCUAUGUGUUAUUUUUGUCUUUUCCUGAACAUUUUUUUCUUUUUUGGCCUUAAAUUGUGUUGCAAGUGAUGUAAAACUUUUACUUAUACCUCUGGCCUUAUUAGAUUAAUUAUCUAAAAACACCCCGUCUUCUCUCCAGCAAAGAGAAAGAGGGCUGUAUGAAUUACACAUCAUCAGGGUAGAGCCGAAUGUGUGAACUCUGUUUGAACCUUCUAAGCAUGCUUCUUCAGCUGUUGGGAGGAAAGCUUUGGAUUUUGUUCUAGGAGUUUGUGUGGUGUGCUUCUUUGUAAGAAUUUUAUUUUUACACAGAAUAGGGAGUUGGUUUGGAUGGGCGAAAAUGUUGACAGUUUUUUCUGAUCAGGUCCUUUACAUUCUUGUUCUAUUCCGAGUGUUUUGAUAUUGGUGAGUUUUGGAAAUGUACACAUGGUGAUGUAUGAAAAAUUAAGACUUAACAUAAUCUCAGUGUUAUAAUAUGGCUGGAUUAUAGUUAUAUGUUUAUUUUGAGAUCUUGUGAUAUUGUUUUAUAUCUUUAAAAAAAUGUUAUUUUAGAUGGAAGAAUGAUCUAAAAAUAUGUAUUCUUUAGAUACUUGAGUGUAUAAUUCUAAGCUGUGAUCAAAUCUUGCUUUUACAGCUGUUAAAGAGAAUUCUAAUUUCAGGAGGAAGUAAGGUUGCAGUUCAUUUUUAAACUUUCUUGAUGCCUUUGAGCAUCUCCAUCAAGUGAAGUUUGAUAACAGUGAUUCAAGAAAUUUCCCCUAGGGCUUUAAGCAGUCAAGAUUGUAAGUGGUAACAUGCCAACGCUCAGCUCUUUUGCAAGAAAAAGGAAAAAUAUGAUAAAGAAGCACUGAGAAUGUGAACAUUUGUCUGUUAGUAUGUUUUCAAUAUACUCCUAGCACGAGUUACAGUUGGUUUGUCCUAGAUAUUGUAAUUUGAUACAGUAUCAAAACUAAAAUGUUGCAAGGAGCCGUACACUUUUUUGUUUACUUAUUUCUCUCUCUUUAUUGGCUCUGGAUAAAUUCGAUUGACCAAGUUGUUGUAUGGCUGUGCGAUAUAAGGUACAUUCCACUUUGCUCGUGACUUUCUAAGGAGUCAUUUUUUCUUAUACUUUCUAUCGUACUGUGGAUGGGGUUCGUGUUUAAGAUGACAACUCCGAAGGAUGAAGAAUCUCCUUUUUUAAGAUUUACAGUACUCAAGGUUACUGUAUGUUGUUU